UUUGACGCGAUGUUCUCACAUGUUUUUGACGUUUCUUCAGGUAAAAAUUAAUAAACAACUUUUAGAUUCACUUAGUUUUUUUGGAAACAGCGUCAAUAGAAGUAAUGGAUGUGGACGAUGAUGAAAUUGUGGAAGAGAUACCGGUUUAUCUCUCCAAGAAUCUCGAGGAUAGCUUAUUUGUUUUUCAAUAUCCAACGAAGUCGCAAAUAGGCAAUUUCGAUAAUGCAGAAGUUAUCAAUUGUUGCGUUAAGCCUGUUAAUCAAGAAGUAAAAGUUGAUUUUGCAUUAAACGUAGAGUCAAAAUUUUACGAUUCAUUCAAAGGUGAACAGUUUGCAAUAUCUGCAGAUGGCAAAACACAACAAAAGAACGAACGACCAACGUAUAAGCGUGGCUUGAUGGACAAACAAACAUUCCUAAGUCAACGACCACUGGAUGAUCCAAGCAAAUAUACAGUAGCUAUAUAUGCAGACAACGAAAUUCACAUUUCACCGUUAAGUAGUAUUCUGCAACUUCGUCCUGCGUUUUCACAUUUCGAUAAAGAAGACAGACGCAAAAAAGCUGAGCAAAAAGCACUCAAUGAAGAAGAUGAUGAGGAAGAGUUGCAACAUGUUACUGUUAAAUUUGCAAGAACUGGUGGCAAAAAAGUUAAGGAAAAGCCAGGUUAUGACAAUUUUGUGAAAAAAAGCUCUGAUGAACCAUGGUGUGAAACAUUUUGGCAUCCGCGACUUUCAUCAACAGCGGAAUUACAAAAACAAAAGCUUUUCGCUACUAAUCAGCAAACAAAUCUAUUCUUCACACAAGAACCUUAUAAAUAUAUGAAAAAGCUUAUAUCGAGCAGUGGUCAAGACCAAGGAAUUGAUGCCGUACUACCAAAUCGAAUAGUUAGUAAGGCAAGAUUGAAAUCUAUGUCAUUAGUGGAACAACUUCGAAUCUUGCUCAGAGAUGGUAGAAUGUUGUCUUAUCCAGAUGUUGUUAAUUUUAUGCAGGAGAAUAUUGACAAUACUAUAACUGCUGAUAAAGUGUUACGCACAUUACCACAAGUUGGCAUAUUAAUACAUGGCAAUUGGGUGGCUCAAUCUGAAAUAUUAUACCCGCCCGAAAGUCUCUCAAAUUCCAAUGGUGUCACUGCAGAUCUUAUGAUACGUGCUAGAGAUUAUAUUCUUUUUCAGUUUUCCCGUACACCUUAUAUAUAUCGCCGGCAAGUGAUUUCUGCCACUCAAUUACCUGCUGACGAAGCUUUUGAAGUCUUAAAGUCAGUAGCGCGUUUAAAUUCGCACAAAAAAUGGGAAUUGUUAUUGCCGCCAGAUAGAGAAUUCGAACAGCGCAAUCCCGAGUUAGUGCAGAGGCAAGAAAUGGUUUGGCGUGCCACUGAACAAACGUACAAUGAAAUGGACUUUGAAAAAUCAACGCAACGUGUACGAAAACGAUCUGUACGGGAUUCAAGAGCACAACAGGUGUAGUUGUAUAUUUGAAUAAAUCAAUGAAAACUGGGUUUUCGCGUACCAUCUCUAUUUCUAUCUCUAGCAUAUACUAAAUAGAUUUCAUUGGUUUAAAGAAACCAUUUUUUAUAUAAUUUAUG